CCUCCCUAUCGAGUCCAAGACGACGGAUCUGCGCCUUUUCCUGUCAGCAGCACUGCCCUGUCACAUCCGCCGCUGCCGUCUCCCUACUUCAUCUCUCCUUCAGUCGCGCCCUCGACAACUCCAUGGCGCAUGCUUCAGCCAGCGGAGGCACCUCGCUGGCUCCAACGCCCACUUACCCCCAUCACCUUUCCCGAGAAUCAAGUAAUAACGACCUGGAAAUGGCCGAAAGCCUCCGGCGCCUGAACCCGGCACACGAGGCUCAUGUAUCGAAAACCCCAACCCCUUCACGUGAACAGCCGCCUGCCACGCCUCAGGACGACGCCCGGUCCGAGAUCUACCACUCCCUGGAGGAUGCGGUGCCCAUCUCAACAGGACCACCAACCGCGGCAUCGUUGUCUUUUCCGCCUAGGAGCGAAGGAGGGGCAAAUGCGCCCGUUGCUGGCCAAGUCUGUAGCAACUGCAAAACGACUCAGACGCCGCUAUGGCGCCGAUCUCCAAAUGGGGAGACAGUAUGCAAUGCUUGUGGUCUCUAUAUGAAGGCCCGAAACCAAUCUCGGCCAGUGAACCUAAAACGCAACACUCAGCCGCUACCGAUUGUAUCUGUACAGCAAACCCCACCGCCUUGUCAGAGUGAUAAUAGCGGCACAUCUCCCGGCAACCUUGCUGCAUCGCCACGAGUCGCAAACUAUGUCGCUGCAGACCAGAUGACGGUCGGGACGUGUCCUGGUGGGGGUAGGUGUAAUGGUACUGGUGGUCAGCAAGGCUGCAGUGGGUGUCCUGCGUUUAACAACCGCGUCUCGAAAACAGCCAAGUUUGCUUUGGCUCAAGCACAUGCUACGACCAGGGAUUCUGGGGGUGGAAACAGCACAGCUGCUAGCCCAUCAUCAGCAUCGGCUUCGGCGAGCGCGAUCCCAGCUUGCCAAAACUGCGGCACCACUAUCACGCCGCUGUGGAGAAGAGGUGAUGCUGGUCACAUCAUUUGCAAUGCGUGUGGGUUAUACUUCAAACUCCAUGGCACACAUCGCCCGGUUGCCAUGAAGAAGAAAGAGAUCAAGCGCCGGAAGCGAGUCGUACCUGCGGGUGACGCCUCUCAAGCUCCACUGUCUGUUGCAGAUUACUCGCCACCACAACGUGUUACACAGACUCCCUCAUUUGAGCACUCUGUCUCCCCAGAUCCCUCGACUGUCAUUGAAUCUCGGGAGGCCUAUACCCCAGAGCCACGGGGGCCACUUGCUGUCGACUUUACACACUACUACGGCAGCGCCACAUCUACAUCAAACCUCACAGAACCGCGGACCUCAUCUACCAUACAAGCCCGCGCCCCAUCACCCAGGAAACGCAGUCGAAGUGCAACAAUGGACACUGAGGAAGUGCCUUCGGCUCCUACUAACCCGGCCCCGCAUCGUCCGAACGCGAUAUCAUCGAUCUUGAAUCCUACCCAGGCUGAGGAUGCCAACAUCGACCCAACGCUUUCGGUGCCGUUACGGCCAAGCGGAAGACCGUCACCAAAUCCAGGAAUGUCGCAGGAAGAUAAGGUGGCUAGAAGAGAACGGCUGAGACGUGAAGCUGAGGUUAUGAGGCAAGAAUUAGAGAAAAGGCAAAAAGAGUUGGACGAAUUGGAAAAUGAUUGAGGAGUUUAGGCGCAUGCUAGGUUGACGACAAAAGCUUGACGGACAAAAUGUGCUUUUUCGGGGUGUCUCAAAAGCAAUUCAUAACGAUAAAGUGUCGAGCGAAUCUCCGUUUAUGUUUUCCGGGAAUUACAACGCGGUACGAGUACGAAUAUAGCGGGUGGCACCUCUGCCUGAAAUCAGGUCUCAUUGGCGUCAAAGAAUAGGUCCUGGCCGAGUGCUUUUCAAAGCAUUCUCAUAACGAGCAUCCGGUCUUGGUAUGAUCUCUAUACUAAAUUCCUUGGCCCGACCCAAAACGACGAAGAAAGUAACGAUUAUGACGGCAGCAUUCCAAUCACACUAUACGUAGGAAAACACGUUUUCGGGAACAGUUCGAAAACGUCUUGUGUCCUCCGAAUCCAACAGUUACCAA